AAUACACCACUACUGUCGUCAGAUGAAGAGUGCAAGGGACUUAGAACAGAACUGACGAAGGAAGGAUUUGAGUACACGUUGCCAAGCGACGUUUUCCAAAGGCACAGCAGCUGUGAGUUUACUAUGGCCAGCAACCUUUCCCUGGGAGAACGAGUACGCUUCAGAGUCCUCCAUUCUGAAAGUGACGUGACGCUGCGAUCAGUUGAAUAUGAUGAGGCAGGUCACAGCAAAAUUCACCCACUGCUCGACAAUGGAGAUUGGCGUCCCUACAAGUGGGUCUACUCCAGAUACCCCCUGGCUCUAACCCUGAAAAGAAGUGCUUACACAAGAAAUGGCGCGUCUUCCUUCAGCUUUGAAGUGAUCGAUACACCUGGAUGUGACGGCUCCGAGAUGACAGUGGAGGUCGGCACAGACAGCCUGGACUUUAACUCUGCGGACUACCCUCAGCAGUACCAAGGCGAUGUUCAGUGCAAGUGGAGACUUCAAGCGCCGAAAGGCAAAUCAAUCCAGGUUGAGCUUGUAGAUCUUUCGCUGGGUCCAGGUGGAUGGACAUACCCUUGUGAGAGCUAUAUCUCGUACCGAGAAGAGAGGAUUUCUGCUAAGAAUAGACCUAUGUAUUCUAUGGCCAUCCAGUUGUGCAGCAACUCUGAGGGCCAGACAUUUGCAAUAGACGCUGACCGAGUUAUUCUGACGCUCCAUGGGCUCGGCGCAAGCUUUCGGCUCCGUCUGCAAGCCGUUGAUCGAUCAGGGAAAGGAAGUCGAAGUGGAGAAGAUUCUGGCUUCAAGUACUACGGCACUGUCGGGGGAGUGUGUGCGGCCGUGGUUGCCAUGAUGGCUACUGCCAUUGGUGUCUACUUUGUCAGACAGUACAGAAUGAGGCAACAGAAGCAGAGUCAGGUCAACGCUGAAACCAUCGUUCCUCUUGGUGCUAAAAGCUAGUAAGUAUGAUAUGAAUGUAUGUAUAGCUUUCAGGA